UCGUUAAAUCUUGCAGAGUGAGAGUCUCCGUGUAUAGAUCGUUUAUUAGUUAGCUAAACAUAACGACCUGCCUGGUUUCUGUCUCAAUGACAGACACGGUGGUUUAAGUUUAGCAACAGCUCUACAUUUGGACAUGUUUGUUGAUCUUAUAAAGCAGGCUGAGUAAGAUCGCAUCAUAUUGUAAAGAUGCCAGCUGGUGUGUCGUGGGCUCGGUACAUCCGGUUUUUGGGAGCCAGUGUUCUGGCCAUGUUUGCAGGAGCACAGGUCGUCCACCAAUACUAUCUCCCUGAUCUGAGUAUACCAGAAGUUCCACCAAAGCCUGGAGAGCUUCGCACUGAACUACAUGGUUAUAAAGCUAGAGAAGAAGCUGCUGCUGCUUUAAGAAAGCUAAAAGAGGAACAAAAUGUGGACUGAUUUCUUUUGAAGACAUCUUGCUGUUCUCAACAUUACUUACUAAAUGCUGCAAUGUACUCUGGGAGGAUAUCCUCUCAGGUUCAACAACAAUGUAUAUGUUUCUUUAUUUUACUUAAUGUAAUCUGCAAAGAAUAUGUUUUGAUAUCUAAAUAAAACACAACAGAUCCAAGACAAC